GAGACUUUAGCUGACUGAGAUUUAAUGAUCUAGAUUGUAUAGGAUCCCGCAAGACAAAGUGCAUGUCCUGCCAUGUGGCCCCUUGCCGGUUGCCACGUACAUCUGCCAUGUCAUCCGGAGCCGACCGUUGUGUUCCUGCCACCUGGCAUCAUGUGAUGCCUUGCCACCUCAGUUGUCGAGUCGUCCGAGGUACCUGUUCCGUGCCAACCACACGAUACGAUCGUCAGCUAGCUUGUGUUAUAAGUAGGUGCAUUUCCCUCUCUCUGUGACCUACACAAGACCUGAAAGAAAAAGCGCGAGACAGAAGGAGAAAACAAUGUGCGGCGGCGCCAUCCUAGCGGAGCUGAUCCCGCCGUCGGCGGGCCGUGCCUCGAAGCAGGUGGCCGCGGGCCGGGCCUCGCCAAAGAAGGCCGGCAAGAGCAAGGGGCAUAGGUACGGCAGCGUCGCCGAUGUCGACGACUUCGAGGCCGCCUUCGAGAACUUCGACGACGACCUCGACCUGCAGGCGGAGGAGGACGGCGACGAACAUGUCGUUUUUGCAUCCAAGCCUGCGUUCUCUCCGGGCCUGGCCUACGAUGAUGGCCGCGCGGCGCAGGCGGCGAGCAAGAAGAAGAGCGUCCGCCCCCUCCACGGCAUCCGGCAGCGGCCGUGGGGUAAGUGGGCGGCGGAGAUCCGCGACCCGCACAAGGGCACCCGCGUCUGGCUCGGCACCUUCGACACGGCCGACGAUGCCGCCCGGGCCUACGACGUCGCCGCCCGACGCCUCCGCGGCAGCAAGGCCAAGGUCAACUUCCCCGACGCGGCCAGGGCCGGGGCGCGCCCGCGCCGCGCCAGCCGCAGAACUGCGCAGAAACCGCAGCGCCCGCCUGCGCGGACGACGGCGUACUCUGCCACCGCAGCACCACGCGCACGGCCGGAGCAGGACGCUAUGAUGGUCAAGCCCGAGCGGAUGGAGUUUUCCGACGUGGACGCGUUCGUCGACCUCACCGCCGCCGUCGCCGUGCUACCGCCUGUCACGGCGAGCUCCUUCGCCGACAAGAUGCCGAGGGUCGACGAGGACUCGUCGGAGGGGAGCGGCGGCGGCUCCAUGUUGGGGUUCGCCGACGACCUUGGGUUCGAUCCCUUCAUGAUGCUCCAGUACGAAUCCAUGGACAGCCUCUUCGCCGGAGACGCCGUCAUCCAGGAUGCCCGCGGUGUGGACGGCGGCAUGGACGGCGUCAGCCUCUGGAGCUUCGAGGAGUUCCCCAUGGACAGCGCCAUUUUCUGACGUUUUCCGUGCGAUGCGCUCGAUCGGUUGAACGAAGGAAAGGGUGCUGCCGAUGCAUGGCUACCGCAUGAUUGCUUCCUUGAUGAACGCAGAUUCGAAAUGUAUUCCACUGUUUGAGGCUGCUCGUCGGACUGUAUGUGCAUAUGUACUGCUGGCCGCCUGUACUCUUUCAUGAUUUGUGCUAGUCUUUGGUGCUGUUGGUCAAUAGUCCUACCAAUUGAUCAUGUCGGUAGUGCCGUCUAUGACUGUGCUUGAGAUUGUUAAAUGCCGAAUAAGCUUGUGAGCCUGGUUAUCUGUUGUGUGUGAGUCACCAACUCAUCAUGUCAUGUUGAGUUGGAUUAUGUAAGAAAUACCGUAAUUUGCUGAAUUCGGCGAAGCUGCAUAAUUCUGGAUGUAUUUGCUACAUUGGGCAGUUGAUCUUUACCUAAUAUAAUGAUUUCAACCUUU